AUGGUUGUUGCAAAUAACUUAUUUGCCACCCUGCCUAGCUUCCUCCCUGCAGGCACCGUUUCCAUCCCUGUGUUUAUUCUCGAAGAUGGGCCGUCAUUGUCCGAGGACAUCGCGACGGACGGCUGGGCACCCCUUCCUGGGACACCAUCAUCCUCACCCUUCCGCGCCCACGUCCCCGACGACGCUCUCCUCGAGACUCUCCGCUUCCUCGUCAAGCACAAGUACCUCGUCGCGACGUAUCUCAUCAAGACGGCCUCAGAAAUCGACGCCACCGCGCCGGCGGUGCUCAUCAUCCGCGUCUACAUCGUGCCAUGGGACCUCGCGGGCUCUGGUGGCAAGCUGAGCCUGUACUGGCGCAGGGGCAAAGAACGCGUCAUCCUCAAGGCGGCGCAGAAGGGGCUGCGGAAGCUCUUUACGCAAAUCAGACAAGACCGCACGCUCUGGGACGGCAACCAUGCGUCGGGCUCCGCUCCGCGCUUGUUCUGGCCGAAAUCGGUGGAUAAUCGGACGUUGCUCGAGUUGUACAACGAUUUGCCGUCCCCGAGGCCCUCGUGCAUGGUCAACAAUGUCCCAGGGUUGCAGGCAGGGACCCGCCUGCACAUAUAUCAGACAGAGACAGUCUCGACGAUGAUCGAACGCGAGACAGCCACGGGGAUGAUGGACCAUCCGCUCUAUCUGCCUCUGCGCGGUGUCGAGGGCGUGAAUUCCACAAGCGAGCUGUACCUCCAGCCCGCGACGAUAGAGGUCGUUUCCGACAAGCGUCACGUCCCGAUCGUGAAAGGCGGGAUUCUGUGCGAAGAGCUCGGAACGGGCAAAACCCUCAUGAUCCUGUCACUAAUCCUCGCCACCCUCGACGCGCUUCCUGCGCCCGAAGAGCCCAUCGACUCCCUCGAGCAACGCACCCCCACGACGCCACUCGCGCUGCGGCACUUUCCAGACGCCCGCGCUGCCGCAGAGCGCGCCAAGCUCCCCGCCCACCCAGCGCCGAAGGGCGUGCCCUCGCUCGUGGAGCUUACGCUGCACGCGUGCAGGAUCGCGCCGCGCUCAAACGUGCUGCGGAUGCACCGCGACGAGCUCGACCAGCGCGGGCUGCUCGCGCCCCUGCGCGCAAACACGCCUUUCUACCUGCACGCGCGCACGCCCAUGCAGUGGCAGAGCGAGAUACUGAAGCACUGUCGGUCGGACGCGCUGCGGUAUCUGUACGUCAAAGGGGACGACAAGCUGCCGGACGCGCCGUGGUUGGCAUCGGACUAUGACCUGAUCCUUAUGAGCCAUACGCGCGUCGCGCGCGAGGCUCAAAAGAAGGGGAACCUCGACAAGGGCCCAUACAAGCCGUGCAAAUGCAAAGUUAUCUCAGGCACCCGGGUGCCCUUCUGCAUAUGUAGCCGGCGCCCGGACGUCUCGCCGCUCCGCCAAGUGCGGUGGAAGCGCCUUGUGGUCGACGAAGGACACAACGCGACGGAGAAGCGCACCGGCUACGCGGUCUUCACGAACGCGCUCAGCGUCGAGCGACGGUGGAUCGUAACCGGCACCCCGACAUCCGACUUGCUUGGGUUGAACUUCGGCUCCGGGAGCGAGGUGCUCGAAGAAGAUAUCGAUGCACAGCUCAUUUACCCCGCCGACAUCCAAGACCAAGGCGACGGGGUGAUCUCAGACAGCAAAGAUCUGAGCACCCCAAGUGGUCGCGUGCUCUCGCAACGCGUGUGGCACAAGAGCGAGCGCGAGAGCUUCCGGGACCUUGGGACAAUGUUUACUGACUUCUUGGGGAUGCCACCCUUCGCGCACGAUCCUCACGCUUUUACGAGCUUGGUCGCGGAGCCGAUAUUCGACACUAAAGGGCCGUUGCCUGUAGACGUCGCUAUUUUGACACGAGUGAUGGAGACCGCCAUGGUCCGACAUCGGAUCAAAGACGUUGAACAAGAAGUCCGCCUUCCAGCGCUGCACAGCGAUGUAGUGCUUCUAGACCUAGAUCCCUAUGCAGUGAAGACGUACAACUACAUGCAAGCUGUGAUCGCGAUCAACGCCAUAGAUUCCCAGAGGACAGAUCAGGAUUACUUGUUCCAUCCUCGAAACGUCGGGCCCCUCCGUAACACUGUCGACAACAUCUCUCACGUCAUGUUUUUGCACAACGCCGACAUGGCUCUGGCCGACGAAAUCUUGCGCAACGCUAAGGGCUGCGUGAAGACCGCAUACGAGCGUGAAGCGGGCCCAGAAGACAUCGAGCUCGCCAAGCAGGCCCUUUUCUACAUCCAAACCGCCCUUCAAGAUCCCAUCUGGACCGCCCUCCAGGCGCACUACCACGCCUUCCACCGCACGACCGGCAUGCCCCCACCGAUCUUCCAUGCCUGGAAUAUGCUUGCCCCCGCUGCCCGUGCCGCCUGCCUCUCGACUUCCUCCCCCGAGGCGCUAGUCGCUGGGCCCGCGCUCGCCGAGCUACGCAAGGGCGUGAUCGCGCACCCGCUGCGGGACGUCGCUCAGAUGGGCGCUGGGUACGUGCGGGAGGAGAUCGUCUUGCGCGAGAUCGACGCGGUCCGGCGCACGCUGUGGAAGUCGUCCACGCGGGGCAAGGGCGGCGACAAGACGGCGACGGCCGCGGUCCGUAUGCUGUCGGGCGUGGCGGCGGCGGCGGGGCCGGCAGUGCCGGCCGUGAAACCCAAGGACGCGGAGCAGAAGUACACGGAGAUGCUGGGGGAGCACCAGGCGUGCGUCGCGCGGCGCAAGGCGGAAGCCGCGGGCCAGAACGUGGGCGCGCCGAAGGCGGAGGGCCCGCGGACGGUCCAGUUGGCGUUUUUGGAGAAGAGCCAGGUGAAGGACGUACGGAUCGGGAACUCGACGUCGACGAAGCUGGAUUUCAUUUUGAACGAGGUUCUCAUGCACAGCUCGGAAGAGAAGUUCUUGAUAUUCUCGCCGUCUCCCGCAACGUUGGCGUUCGUCGCGGAAGGCCUCGAUGUUGCCAGGAUCGAGUACCUCCAGUUCACGGGCGAGUUCAAGCAAAGCGUCCCCACCACGUUCGAGACGUCGGGAAAGUAUCGUGUCAUCUUGAUGGAGCUGAAGCACGGCGCCCGUGGCUUGAAUAUUGUGUCUGCGUCUCGCGUGAUUUUCUGUGAACCCGUCUGGAAAGCCGAUGUUGAAUCACAAGCCAUCAAGCGUGUGCACCGUAUUGGACAGACGCGGGAAGUUGUCGUGAAAACCCUCGCUAUUCGAGGCACCUCCGAGGAGGUCAUAGUAUCGAGGAGCAGAAUGCUCAAGGAGAACCAGCAAGAAUUUGCCAAAGAUAUUACGGACGAUCGAACUAUCCGUGACUUCAUUGCUCAUCCAACGUUUUUACCAAUACCCACUUCCACACGACUGCAGCUCAACAUCCCGCUUCUCGACCUCGAUGCGUUACGGCCAAAGGCACCAGACGUCACUGAAAUUAACAUUGAAGCGGAAGUCCAACAGCCGUCACAGAAAAAACGCAAACUUGUCCAAUUCGCGGAUUGA